AAAUAUGGUAUGAUUUCAAUUUAAAAUUUUCAUCCUAUCCUAAUCAAUAAAAGUUUUUAUAUUUUAAUUGAAACUAAAAAUUACGUCGGUGUUGUAACCGUGAACUGUGAUAACAAUUGAAAUAUUUUAACAAUACUGGACAGGGUACCCUGAGCCAGUGCCUGAGCACUUCAAAAUAUAAGCAAAAUCUAAGUGCUUUAGCUAAAAAAAAAAGAUAGGCAGAUAACAUUGUAGAGUUUUUGAGUAUUUUUGACCUUUCUACUUUAACUAAUUACCUGUAAAUCGACAAAAUUUCGCAAAUAUUCAGUUAAAGCAUUAAAGCUUUUCAAGACGGUACAUUUUAUUUGUGGUGUAGUUUAGAAUGGAAAACAAUCCAAAUAUUCUUUGCGGGGAACCCCUGGAAAGGCUUGUGGAUAUGUCCCUAGGGGAAUUACUUCUCAUGAUGCUGAAAACUCAUGAGAAAAAUGUGAUACUGGUGGAUCCUUUUUCCAAAGAAGAAGUCCAAGCAAACGUUCUCCUUGCAAGAGGAAUCCAACUAGCAAAAUGGUUCAAAACACAAAAUAUAGGCCUAGGCGACAUAGUUUCAGUUAAUAGCGAAAAUCGUAUAGAGUUUGCAGUAACCGUUUUGGCGACAUUUUUUGUUGCUGCCACAUUUGCCCCACUAAACCCCGAUUAUACCCCAACUGAAUUGAAGCAUGUCCUUGACCUAUCGAAACCAAAAAUCAUAUUUUGCUCAGAAAACACAAUAAAAAAAAUGAUCUCAAUAAAACCAAAACACACCUACAUUGAGAAACUUGCUGUUUUUGGAAAAGAGAAACACCCUAAUGUAUUAAGUUAUGAAGAUAUUGUACAAGGAGUUACUGAGGUAGAUGAAGAAUUCGAAGCCCCAGAAAUCGAUACAAAAGAAACAGUAGCUACAAUUUUAUGUUCAUCUGGCACUACAGGAUUACCUAAAGGUGUCAUGUGCACGCAUAAUAAUAUGGGAGCGUAUGUUGAUGUUGCCAGGAUGCAACUUCAAGAUUUGGCACUAAACGAUGACCCUAGUGAUGCCAUGAUGGGCUUAACACCAUUUUUUCACUCUUUUGGUUUCAUGUUAAUGUUUUUGAAUAUUAUGAGAGGCAAAAAAAUGGUUGUCAUUAGAAAGUUUAAUCUUAAACUUUUCUUAGACUCUAUUAUAAAAUAUAAUAUAAGGCGGUUGAUAGUUCCUCCUCCUGUGUUGUUAAUAUUGCUCAAAAAUCCCAUGGUUAAGAACUACGAUUUGAGUGGGCUGCAAGAAAUUAGAAGCGGCGCUGCUGCUUUGGGUAAAGAUAUGGAAAAGGAAUUGAAGCAAAGAUUUAAGGUCAAAACAGUGUCACAGUCAUAUGGUAUGACUGAAACCACUCUAGGAGUCUUAUUAAAUGUAGGAAAUCUUCAUGUCAAAAUUGGUUCUGUAGGAAAAGUUGUGGCAGGAAUGAUGGUUAAGGUUAUAAAUGAAGAUGGUGAACCACUGGGGCCAUACAAAGAAGGUGAACUAUGCUUCAAAGGUCCCCUUAUAAUGAAAGGUUAUGUGGGCGACCCUAAAGCUACAGCUGACAUAAUAGAUAAAGAUGGUUGGCUGCAUACAGGCGAUGUGGCUUAUUAUGAUGAUGACAAAUAUUUCUUUAUAGUUGAUAGAAUUAAGGAGUUGAUUAAAUACAAAGGAUUCCAGGUUGCUCCUGCAGAAUUGGAAGCAUUACUUUUGACUCAUCCCAGCAUACAAGAUGCUGCUGUAAUCGGUUUGCCAGAUGAAGAUGCUGGCGAGCUGCCUUUAGCUUACGUAGUUAGAAGAGAGGGUAAAGAGGUGACUGAAAAAGAAGUGAAGAAAUUUGUAGCAGAUACACUGUCACAUCAAAAGCAACUGCGAGGAGGGGUUGUUUUCAUUGAUGAAAUCCCUAGAAAUCCAAGUGGUAAAAUUUUGAGGCGAGUGUUGCGAGAAAAUGCAAAAAGUUCUAUAAAAAUCAAGGCCAAACUUUGAAACUAUUUUGAUUCUAGUCUAAAGACAUUAUUUUAUUAUUGUACAGGGAUUUUAAUUUGUUUGUAGUUAAUUGUUAUCUAUUUUAUUCCAAGCCAAAGGUGAUUUUUUUACUAUUUUAAAGCAAUAAUGUAAACAUACAUUUUUUCUAGGAAAAUAUGUUCAGACGCAAGUCUUCAAUUUGCACUUUGUGAUCAGAAAAUUAGUCAAACUUGGAAAUAUUUUUCCAAAUUCUGAUAUGCAUUUGAUUUGUACCAAGUACACUAAUUUUAACCUUAACAGAACUAUUUUUUUUAUUCAUAAGCCCAGUGUUUAAAAUUUUUCCUUAGUUGCAUUUCUGGUGCAACUAAAUGUAUUUCUGAUACAUCAACAUAAUACUUAAAUAAAUUGGAAUGGUUGUAGAUUAAGUAAAU